CCUGCACUUGUAAAAGCAACGACAAUUGGUUUCAUUAAAAUCUAGUUGUAUACCCAACAUUCCCGGCUUGAGGCACUUCUAAAAAAAAAAUAUGUCACGAGGUGGAGGACGUGGAGGACGUGGCGGAGGACGUGGAGGCGGCCGCAGUGGACCAAACAUUCAAAUGUUUGGACCUGACGCUAUCCAUCCAACAUUCAACAAUCCAGGAGAAACAUAUCCCGAUAUAGUUCUGCCUGUUGCCAAGGAAACUACGGACAGGGAGAUAGAGAUGUUUAUGAAAAUGAAGAAACUGAAAGAUAUUUACUAUUCAAGUUCAUAUUAUCUCACGGAACCUCGGAAACCCAGUGCAAUUGUCAGAUACACGGAUCGAUACCAUGAAGAUAUGGCUGCAACGCGACCAAAGCUAGAAACUAUCAAGUCAAAUAAAGCAUUCUUCCCAGAUGAGCUUCAUUCUAUUCUAGACCCGAAAGCCGUUAGAAAACGCAAGACUGUACGGAGGAAUAUCGAUCUUAGUAAAUUGGGCGAGGACAUCGAUGAAGGCGAAGAAGAAAUUGAUCCAGAAACUGGGCUAGCAAAGAAAAGCACAGAAGAAGACGAAGAGGUUGAGGAUGAAGAAUAUGAGGAUGAUGAGGAUGCAGAAGAAAAUGAUUACGUGGAGACAUAUUUUGACAAUGGAGAAAAUGAUAUCGACCUUGACGGAGAUGAAGAUGCUGUAGAAUACUAGAAGAACAAAAGCAUUUAAAGCAAAUUGACGUACCUUAACAUGGAG